CUAAACAUUCCGGUUGAUCGUCUCGUCAGUCUGUCGUCGACAGUCGUGCGAAUCGUGUGUGUGUGUCUCUAAAUGCGCGCGGUGAACUAGCGGGCGGUGUCGAGUUGUCAUUUUAUUUUUUAUGGAGUGUCGGUUAUUACAUUAAACGCGCACCGAUCCGGUUGGCGUGUAUUGCGUGUACAUUAAUUAAAUCCCAGUAGGCUGUGUAAUAGUGGCGAUUUUUGCGUGUAAUCUCACGCCGCCCGGUGUCCGGUCCAAAACGCAGUGAGAUAUCGUCACUCACGCGCUCACGUAGGAAGUUUAUCUUCCAUCGCUGGAGCUGAUAGCGUCGUUCGAACGAAUGACCGCCGUUAAUGAAUGGGGUAAAACUUAAGGAAAAAAAACCCUGUCGUGACGAUUUAAACACAUGCAAAGUGAUGAAGUGGUAAAUAGAAAAGAAUCAAUUUGCGUACCAAAGGACCGAGAUUUUUUUUCUCUCGCUCUCUCUUGCGAAUGAUAAUUCACCGAAGCACGGCUAUCAGGCGCUGAUAAUGUGAUGGAAACGAAAGGAAGAGCUGAUCGCACCGAAAGGCAGGAUUACUUACUACUUUGAAGCUGUGCCGACAACACCCGGUAAUGGCAUCUCUGGCUGAGCAGCUUUUGACAUGUAGCGGAGAAUUGCUGAGUGAUUGAAAGAUUACGUAGUCCCCGCGGCGGUGAUUUGGAAAAGCUAACAGUGGUUCUUGUUUUUUUUUUUGUGGCCGACUUAGUAGGCGUGUGUUGUUGUUGUUGAAGUAAACUUUUUAGUGGCAUAUUUGACAUUUCAUUUUCGUGCUCUGCUACAGUCGACCCAGAUCAGUGUUCCGAAAAGUUAAACGGCAAGUGUUACACAAAAGUCCUAUCCAGCAGAAAUCAGGUGUUUUGUUCCGAACGAGAGGCCAACCUAUUCGGUGGUGAAAUCGUUUCGCAAACGGCGCGGACCGGCAGUAAGGAAGGUGCAAAAAGGCCCAUCAUGUUCAAUAAUAGCAUUUAACAACCGGGCCAAUUCGUGGCGGCAGUGGCUGUGAAAUGCUAAUUGGUGGGUUAAAUACAGGAAAAUGACCUCCUCCGGAAUGCAGCACCACCAGGAUUCCGCAGAUGAUUUCGCCCGAACGACGAAAUAAUUAGCGCCAUCUCUCUCUCUCUCCCGUUCGUCCCCCGGUGAAGGUGGACAUCAAAUCGGAUCUGUUCUCCGAGGGGGGAAGGAAAUUCGGAGUGUCUGUGUGUGUCGUGCCUCCUCCUCUUCCUCCUCGUAGUGUCGUCGCUUGCUGCCCCCACGUAGUUCGGGCCCCGUAAGAUGCCUUGGGGCUGUCUCUGUUCCAAGGAAAAGAAACGCCCGCAAAUUAGCAGUCCCAUAUUGAAGUCCGUACCGGCCGGUAAGCAUCAGCUCCUGCCAACCAUCCGACGGCCCGUGCGUCCGGGUGCCGCCUCAGCAGCCGAAAAGCUUGAACAACGUUUGCUCGAUCCGAAUUUGAACGAACUUGACGCGACCGGCAAGAGCGAAUCAUCACAACAAGCGAAAAAUGCCGGUGAUGAAAGCAGCGAAGAAUUCCCCAACGGUGCGGGCAGUAGCAGCGGGACCAGCGGCAGCGGUGGUUCCCAACGGGACCGGCUUCAGCAACAGCUGAUCCAAAAGUCCAAACUGAAAUCGUCGAACCUAAAGAGUACCACCUACACGCGGAACACGGAGAAUGACAAGCUGACACGACAUUUGAAUAACGUCAAGUUUGCGUUUGACGAGCCACCGGCGGUGGCUGCUGUGCAGCCUAAGCAGGAGGAACUAAUCCGACUGGACGAUGAAGGUCAGAGCCAGGUGGAUAGCAAUGGAAACGGAAACGGAAACUACGAUGUCCUACCGCCACAGGUGGUUCCCUCGAAGGACGUUGUCCUACAGAUCGUGGAGGGAAGUGAUGAGAACAGUAACUAUCACCUGAAGGUUCCUCCGAUUCAGCCGGAUGUGGUCCGAAGUAGUACCGAAAGCAUUCCCUACAUCGAUGCCGAGCAGCAGCAGUCCAAGGUUUUGGCGAAUCUCAAUCGGGACCCGAAUAGGGUGCAGAAUUUUCACGACGCUCGAAUUAUCACACUGACACCAAAGAAUAUUGGCUCCCAGGCCGAAAAACGCCGAGGACCGCCCAGUCCGGAGUUGCAGCAAUUGAUUCUGGCCAAGAAACUCGAGCAACGGCGGCUGCUGGAAGCGGCGGCACCCCAACUGGCGAAACUACGAUUCACGCACACCUUCCACAUACUGGCCACCGGUUGUAACCGGGUCUGUCAGCAGUGUCAUCUGGUACUCAGCCUGGAUGUGGCACUGCGCUGUGCGAUCUGCGAAUUCACGUGCCAUCAGCGGUGUGUGAGGCUCGAACAGAAAAACCAGCAUGAAGAUGAACAGCAACAAAUCAUCAACAAAUAUAAUUCGCUCCCGAUUCAACAGCAACAGCAACAACAGCAUCACCAAUCACAGCACCUUCCACAGUCCCGGCCGGCCUCCAGCUUAAGUCAUGUAAAUAAUAACACAAGCAAUACCACCACCACUAGCAGCAAUGGCAAUCAUUACCAUAAUUACUCGGUGCACCAUCAAACGGCGACUGCCAACCAACAGCAGAACAGCUACAACAACAACAACAAUAGCGCAGGAUCAAACGAAUCCGCCCUGCGGUUAAGUUAUGUGACCGAGAGGAUACUGGCGUCGAUUCUGCCGGCCCGGAGGCGGAUCCGCAACGGUGGCAGUCCGGGUUUCGUCGAUGAGCACGAGCGGGAGCUGAUCGAAAUGCUGGAACAGAAGCACGAGAAGAACUACCGGAUAUUCGACCUGGAGUCGUGCAUCGCCAGCAUCAGCCUGGAGAAACUGUGCGAACUAUGCAAACACAUCGACUCGUGGCUCGGCAGCGGCAAGGAGAAGAUUGUGGUCCUGCAGGACAGAGAGGAUAAACAGCGCCUGGGAGCGGCAAUCGCUGCCUAUCUCGAGUACCAGAAAAUCUGCGGUUCGAACUUUCCGCAGUCCAGUCGGAACAAAUCGCCCGGUUCGGAUCUUAGCGGACGGCGAACACCGACCUGGCUCGAUCUGGACAUUUACUCCACCCAGAAGUUCUUGGAAUCGAUCACCGGUCCGCUGCGGAUUCCGUCGCACAAACGCUACAUCAAGUACUUCUCCGGACUGCUGGCCGGAACGAUCAAAGUGAAUGCCUCGUCCGUGUUUCUGCGGGCCAUCAUCGUCGAGUCACCGCCCUGCCUGCACUACCGGGCCGUCACGGUGAACAGCGAGUGGCGUAGCUUCAUCAAGAUUUUCGAGGGCGUCCGGUGUCUGUUCACGUCGGACAUCUACGUGAUACCGAUCACCACCCGGCAGUUCAUCUACGAAAUCAAACAUCCGCUGCGGUUGCGCGGCGAUGUGCUGAUACGUUGCUAUCAGAUCAUACCAAAUAACAACAAACUGCACGACGAGAAGGAACUGAUCUCGACCGUGCAGUUUCACACCUGUGCCAUAACCCAGAGGGAAGUACAAUUCGCCAAGGUCGAGCUGGAUCUGGCCUGCGACGAUGACCGAUUUCCGGCCGACCACAAGGUAACGCUUUGUUUCAACACAACACCGAACGAACGGAGUGCGAUCGUGGUCUUUCAGAACCCUCUCGUGCGGAUAGAACCGAUCAUCGACGGUGGUGACAAUCUGGAAACGAUCAACGAGGACGAAUCGAAUCACACGCAGGGUCCGCUGGAUGGUUCCCUGUACGCGACGAUCCUCAAGAGUCCCAAAUCUCCUACAGCCGGUGGUAUUCCGCAGACGUUGAUCUCCCCUCCGGCCGAGUUCAGCAACACGAAAACAAUUCUCAACGGUGGUUCAGCCGGAGCAGGAGUAGGAGGAGGUGGAGGAGGAGUACAACCGCCGGUGACACCUCCGCCGCGAAACACCAACUACCACCUUUACGACGGUGCCAAACGCUACCAAAAUGCUCCCGGAACGGGUGGUCGAGGGACCGGCUACGGGUACCAGGGGAAAUCGGUGACCGGUGAAAGUGCCAAGAACGGUGGUGUCAAUUCGAGUGAUAAUGAAAAUAAUAAUAAUAAUAGUGCUAGUGGUAACUACAGAGCAGUGAUAGAAAACGGGAGUGGCUACGAUCAAAACCAGAACCCGAUUAGUCAGCGGCAAACGCAGGUUAGGAGUCAGGCAGACGGGCGAGAAUCGGUGCGAAGUCCACUGACACUGUCUAUGGACUCCGGAAUAUCGAGCAGUGGUCCGGUGAAUCGUCGCCUACAAGGUUCCAGCGUAUCGCCAUCCAGUUUUCCAAGUCAAGCUAGUCCACAAGAUGAUCGCCACCGUGAGUUGGACGAUUUGCUGUCCGAUAUGCUGAUGACGGUCCAAGGCAUUCCGGACGUUGGUCGAAAAGCUUCCGAGCAUCAACAUCAUCAUCAUCAUCAACAGCAACAGCAACAGCUGCAACGAAUCAUCACCCACUAUCAGCAGCAACAACAGCAGCAGCAAAAUCUGAGCGAUCAUUUUGUAAACACAAACACCGAUACGAUCAAGCGUUCGCAUUCGGCCCACCUGCCGGCACUCAGAGAGGAACGAACCGAUCCGGAGGAAGGUUUGAACAGCAGCAGCAACAACAAUAACAACAACAACAUCAACGCCAAAGAGCGUGAGUUACUGAUGUACGAAACGAGCAGUACGACAACGACGCUGACGCCACCGCCAAGUGAGAGUGGCCGUGAGACACCGCUGCUGAGCAGUGCCUACUCGACCAUUCGCGAUAAGAGAGAUCUCGCCGGGUCUCACUGUCUCACGCCGACCGAACGGGAGCUCAUCAUGAACCUGCAGCACCACCAGCAUCAGCAGCAGCAUCAUCAGUCUUUCGGAUAUCCCCGUCAGGCACGGUCUACUACCGGAGCUUCAGAACGGUUCACUUCGGACGACGACGACGAUUACCGAGGGCAACAGCAGCAGCAGAUUCCGUAUCACGCCCGUGAGGACUCACGACCCUUCACCUACGGUAGCAUACCGCUUACGGGUACGCCCCAAAAUCCGCCCGCUUCCACCAUGCUGAAGAUGCAGUCGGGUCUGUCGAGUCCGUCGAUGGUGCGCAAAGCGCUCGGCACUCCGACCACCGGUCGUAAAUCGGGAGGAGGAACUGGUGGCACCGGGUCCACCAUCGGUCGGAACUCGGAAUUCGAGGAAAUGCUGCGCGAACGGCGCGAAAAAGUGUUUAGUGAAAAGUACACCAUCGGCGAUCAACAGUCGUCUCCCGGUGGUGGUGGCGCGGGUGGUGUUUUAGGUGGUGAUAACAGUGUUGUGAACAGACGCGGCACCGGGUUCGAUACGGUCGACAACGGCCGGUGGAUCACAAAUAGUUACACGGUUAAAACGGUCACUACGUCCGGAGCGGAUCAGAACGGCUAUCACCUACCGCACGAACCGCUCAAACGGUCCAACACCAUGGACGGUAGCUUCGGGCGGCCAUUCUCCAACGAUGGGUAAGUUGUUACUCUUGUU